AUGUUAUUUCGAAGAUAUUUGAAUAAACUGGGUUUAUCAGUUUGCAUUUCAGGACUUUGUAAUCCAGGAAAAGAAGCACCUCAUAUGAACAGUUAUGUGGAUAAAUUCGAUCAAGACGAGGAGGAUUUGAUCGUGUUCGACAAAGUUGCGACAGAGAGUAAAAGUGGCACUUUUUGCACAGUGGUUUACUUGGAUAAAUGCAUUUCUCACGAGCAGUGCAGUCGACAGUGUUUGAUACUAGGUGCCUCAAUGCUACGAUGGUUUCAUACGGGAUGUUGCGAGUGUAUUGGACACACGUGUCUACCGUAUGGCUCGAAUAUAGCUCGUUGUAAGUACUGCACUGAAUUCGACGAAGACACUCACUCUCAGCUUGCAUUCAGACAGUCCGAAUUAUAA